AUGGAAGUUCAAUCACAGUUUAGUCCCGCAACUGAUCUUUAUAUCAUUCAUUUGAAGCAAAUAAAACCGAACGAAACUCUUCUCGAACUUCCAUUUGAAGGAGCCCUUCUCUAUCCGCCUGAGAAUAAGAAAAAACCUUGGUACAAGAACAGACGAACAAUGCUUGAAUUAGCUCUACUCAUCAUAAUCUGUAUUGUUGGGGUGAUUGUUGGUGCAGUACUUGGUUCAAGACGACCACCACCUCCUUCCCGUAUGUUGCAUUAA